AAGGAAGUUUACUUACUGCAAAAAAUUAUUUAUAAUAUAAAUAAAGAAAAAAAAUUAUCAGAUAGUGAAUUUUAAAAUUCCAAAUAUUGAACAAAGUUCUUAUUGAGAUUUUAAUUAAAAUGAAACCAAUUAAUUGGAUAAAAAAUGUUAAAAAAAGAAUACCUACAAAAUACCAUAAUUUCAAAAUGGUGCUGUGUCCAGUGGUUUUCGGCUUACUGAAUCUCAUCGUAACAGCAAACGCGGGUUGCAAUGUUGUGCAAGACAAAUACGUCAGCGGAAACAACAAGAAUGUUGAUGAAGCCCUGCAAUUCCUCAGAACUCACGAUCAGAUGGCAUCGCAGAUAGCAAACCUAGCAACGAUAGCAAGUUGGAACUACCAGAGCAACCUUACCGAACACAACAAGAAAGUUAUGUUGGAGACGGAGCAAGAAUCAGCAAAAUUUUCAAAAGAGGCUUGGAAAAAUGCAACUUCAUUUGCAUGGAAAGAUUUUAAAGAUAAAAAUGAAACUCUCUUUAGAUGGUUUAAGAGUCUAUCUGUUUUAGGAACCGCAGCUUUACCAGAAGAAAAAUUUAAAGAGCUCACAGAAUUAUCUGCCGAUAUGCAAGAUAUUUACAGCAAGGCGAAGGUCUGCCGAUUCAACGCUUCUGAUAAUGAACCUUGCGAUUUAUCUUUAGAACCAGAGCUCACUGAAAUGUUCAUGACAUCCAAAAACGAACCUGAAUUGAGGCAUGCCUGGUAUCAAUGGCGAGAUGCGACUGGUAAAAAGAUGAAAGAUAAAUUUCUCAGAUACGUUGAAUUAUCCAAUGAAGCUGCUUGUCUAAAUGGUUUUAAAGAUGCUGGUGAACUAUGGAGGGAAGCUUACGAAAGCGAAACUUUUGAAGAGGAAGUAGAGGAGUUGUUGCAGACGAUCAGACCGUUUUAUGAGCAAUUGCACGCAUAUGUCAGACGCAAGAUGAUGCAGCAGUAUCCAGAUAUCGGCAUUAAACCAGAUGGACCCAUUCCCGCGCACCUGUUAGGAAAUAUGUGGGCUCAGAACUGGGGUAACAUUCUGGACAUCGUAAAACCUUAUCCAAUGAAAAACUCUAUUGAUGUAACGGAAACUAUGGAAGCGAAGAAAAUGACAGCAUUGGACAUGUUUACAAGCUCAGAGGAUUUCUUCGCAUCGCUGGGUUUGAUUAAGAUGACCCCAGAAUUCUGGAAUCGCUCCAUCAUCGAGAAACCUACAGAUAGAGAAAUGGUUUGCCAUGCUUCGGCCUGGGACUUUUCUGACGGAAAAGAUUUCAGGAUCAAGAUGUGCACACGUGUAAAUAUGGAUGAUUUGAUUACCGUUCACCAUGAAAUGGGUCAUAUUGAAUACUACUUGCAGUAUGCUCAUCAGCCAUUAGUCUUCAGAGAAGGAGCAAACCCAGGUUUCCAUGAAGCAGUAGGUGAUACCAUUGCUUUGUCAGUGGCAACACCCAAGCAUCUGGCGUCAGUUGGACUCCUGCACGAAUUAGCUGAAGACGAUGAAAAUGACAUUAACACAUUGAUGCAUACUGCUUUGGACAAGAUCGCAUUCGUGCCUUUCGGUUAUCUCAUCGAUUCCUGGAGAUGGAAAGUGUUCGACGGCAGCAUUAGUAAAGAACAAAUGAAUUCAAAAUGGUGGGAACUCAGACUUAAACACCAGGGUCUUUGCCCACCAGUCAGAAGAACUGAUGAAGACUUAGAUGCGGCAGCCAAAUAUCAUGUUGCUGCUGAUGUUCCUUAUAUAAGGUACUUCGUAAGUUACAUCAUACAAUUCCAGUUCCAUAAGGCGUUAUGUGACGCAACUGGCUAUGAGGGUCCUUUGCACAAAUGUGAUAUAUACCAGAACAAGAAGGCUGGUCAAUUGUUAACUGACAUGCUGAGUCUUGGAAGCUCCGUCCAUUGGAGAGAAGCUAUGAAAAUAGUAACGCAGGGCAAAACGGAUAAGAUGGACGCCACUCCUAUAAUGGACUACUUUAGGCCACUCAUGGAAUGGCUAAAAGAACAGAAUAAGAACGAAGUCCUAGGAUGGAAAAGUGACGACCCAAUGAUGUAUAUAGAAAUUAGAAAGAGGAUGUUGUACUUGCUGAUCUUCGUUGCACUGAACCAUCUGGCUGCUGUAACUGCCAAGUGCAGUUUCCUUGGUGAAAGAUAUCCGAGUGGAUCCAACACCAACACCUACGAAGCCAUGAAGUUCCUCACAGAUACGGAGCGGAGAUCAUCGGACAUCCUGCAUAGAUUAUCAAAAAUAUAUUGGGUUUACGAAAGUGACCUUUCUAAACUCAACAGAGUGAUAAUGAUGAACACGAUGCAGGAAUCUUCUGAGCUUUUCCUGGAAACAUGGAAGAAUGCGACAUCAUUUGCAUGCAAAAAUUUUAAAGAUGAAAACGAAUUGGUUUACAAAUGGUUCAAAGCUUAUUCUUUUAUCGGAUCAGACGUUCUACCGGAAAAAGAGCGCAAUGAAAUGGAUGAAAUUUCAACCGAUAUGGAAGAUAUUUACUCAAAAGCGAAACUUUGUCGUUUCAGUUCAUUGAGUGACGAUCCGUGCGAUUUGUCUUUAGAACCAGAACUCAGAGACAUAUUCUUGUCCUCUCGAAAUGAAGCUGAACGGAAGUACUACUGGACACAGUGGCGAGAUAAGACUGGAAAGAAGAUGAAGGAUAAGUUUGUCCGCUUGAACGAAAUGUCCAACAUAAUUGCUUGUCUGAAUGGUUUUGAAGAUACUGGAGAGUUUGAACGGGACGCUUAUGAAAGUGAUACAUUCGUGGAAGAAAUAGAGGAAUUGUGGCAAACUCUAAAACCAUUAUAUGAACAAUUACAUGCAUAUGUAAGGCGCAAGCUUAUACAAUAUUAUCCACAUGUUAAUAUAAAAGAAGACGGGCCCAUUCCUGCUCAUAUACUUGGAAAUAUGUGGUCUGAAUCUUGGAAUAACAUAUUUGAUAUUGUUAAGCCAUAUCCCAAUACAACUUACGUGAAUCUGCUAAAAAUAGAGCUGAAAAAGAAAAUGACACCUUUAGACAUGUUCAAAACUGCAGAAGACUUCUUUACGUCCUUGGGUCUGCCAGAGAUGACCCCAGAGUUCUGGCAUUAUUCGAUUAUUGAAAAACCGAAAAACAGAGAAAUGGUUUGCCAUGCCUCAGCCUGGGAUCUUGGCGACGGAAAAGACUACAGAAUCAAAAUGUGCACACGAGUAAACAUGGAAGACCUGAUUGUAGUUCACCCUGAAAUGGGUUACAUAAUAUAUUAUAUGCACUAUUCACAUCAGCUUCACGCUUUUCAAUCAGGAGCAAAUCCAUGAUUUCAUGAAGCGAUUGGUGAUACGAUAGCUUUAUCAGUGGCUACGCCCAAACAUCUAGCAGCCAUAGGACUCACAGAUGAGAUAGAAGAAGAUUACGAAAACGACAUCAGCGCAUUGAUGGAUAUGGUCUUGGAUAAGAUAGCCUUCAUACCCUUCGGAUACCUCGUUGACGCUUGGAGAUGGAAAGUCUAUGAUGGAAGCAUUAGCAGUGAUGAGCUUAAUUCGCAAUGGUGGAACUUCAGUUUAAAAUACCAAGGGAUUUGCCCUCCUGUGAGAAGAACUGAAGACAACUUUGAUCCUGGAGCAAAAUAUCAUAUAUUUUAUAAGUUACGUCAUCCAGUUCCAGUUUCACAAAGAAUUAUGUGACGCCGCGGGCUACAAAGGACCUCUGCAUAAAUGUGACAUAUACCAAAGCAAGGAAGCUGGGAAAUUAUUGAGCGAUAUGCUCAGCCUCGGAUCUUCCGUCCACUGGAAGGAGGCCAUGAGAGUCAUUACACGAGGCAAGACUUCAAAGAUGGAUGCCGGUCCGAUACUAGAGUACUUUGCCCCACUCAUGGAAUGACUGAAAGAACAAAACAAAGACGAAUUUAUUGGGUGGAGAAGUAACGAUCCCACGGCGUGCCCCUAAUCAUGCCUGUUCAAUAUAAUUAACUAAAAUGUAUCUGUCUAUAAUUAGAACUAGCUACCACUUGCUUUUCAUAUAUAAUAUUCAUAGAAGCGGGUAUCAUAUUUACACCUCAGUAGCAGGCUGGAUUAAGCAUUGCAAUGUCCUUAAUCAAUGCACGUCUUGGGAUCCCUAAUUUUUUCCUCUCCGAAAUUCAAAAGCAGAUUUUUUUAAACUGAUUUUUUUUAUAUUAAUCUCCGUAUAAGCAGCUUCAAGUAGCAAACUCUGGUAAAUUAAAAUAACAAAACAUUAGUUUCGAAUCGCUUUCAAGAACAA